AUGGAAGAAUACGCAAGACCUAAAACAUCAAUGUCAACCUUGAGUCUUGUGGAUUUUUCAGCUCGGGACAGGGGAAAAAAAAUGCCUGAUGUGACUCGAAAGUGUCUGUGGCCAGCGUGCCUCGUGGGUCUGUUCUUCACUGGCAUCUUCUCUCUGGACUGUACCCUGCUGAAUGUUUACCAGAGGAGAGUCAUCUGGCAAAACCUGAGACUCCUGAGCAGGAUGAGCAACUCAUUUCCUACAGAAUGUCUAAGCGAAAGCAAAGCUUUUGAGUUGCCCCUAGAGAUCCUAUCUGAUGCCCAGCCUCUGAAGAGGGAUAUCAAGGAAGCCUUCUAUGAAAUGGCCAUCCAGGCCUUCAACAUCUUCAUUCAAGACACCUUCCAAUCCACUUGGGAAGAGAAACACCUGAGACAACUUCAGAUCGGACUCGAUGAGCAGCUACGGUACCUGGAACAAUGCUUGGAAGAAGAGGAGGAGGAAAAUGAAGACAUGAAAGAGAUGGAAGAGGAGGAGAGGAAACACUCCAGAGAUACGGUCUCCCAGCUGAGUAACCUCGAACUGAGGAGAUAUUUCAACAGGAUAGACAAGUUCCUGAAAGAUAAGAAAUACAGUCACUGUGCCUGGGAGAUCGUCCGAGCGGAACUCAAAAGAUGUUUCUACUUCUUUUAUAAAUUCACAGCACUACUCAGCAGGAAAUAA